AUGUGGCCACCGAAAGGCGCAGCGAAGAAGAAGGCCGCAGCCGCACAGGAAGCAGUUGCCACCGCCACCCCUCCUGGUGAAUACGAGCCAACCCUCUCGGAGCAGCUUUCUUACUUGCAAUAUGCGCGCCCGUUCAAGAAUCCGAACUACACCAAGGGCGUCGGGAGGCGCACCAAGAUUCUGAAGACGGUGCUUGGGCAGGAGCGAGAGCGGGAAAGGCAGGAGCGCGAAAGAAAGAGGCUGGAGCGAGAGGAGAAGGAGGCAGGGGAAGGAGAGGCGAUGGAUGUGGAUGUCAAGAGAGAAGAAGGUGAGAAGGCGAAAGCGAAAGCUGCUACUCCAGGGGUGGUGGUCGUGGAAGAGGAAGUGCCAACCUACUUAUCCAUCGAGGCGCCGCCUUCGCUUCUCCCUCAACGUCACUACUGCGAUAUCACUGGUCUCGAGGCUCCGUACACUGACCCGCGGACAAAUCUGCGAUAUCACGACAAGAGCGUAUACGAGCUUAUCAAGAACCUCAGUCCCAGUGCAGCGAAGGACUAUCUCGCUGCCAGGGGUGUCAACCCCAUCGUCAAGUAACAGUCUGACCACAUCGUUACUCUUCGCGUGUGCGCAGAGAAGAGCAAUUUCCUUGGGCACCGUUCUUAUGGUUUACGGUUCCUCCGACACGGCCACUGGAUACCGGGCUUCUGUCUGUUUGAGUGCGCCGAGAAACUCUUACGCCUGAUCUGUCGGGGAAGCCGUGCUGCGGACACCGUUCCAGAUUGGCUUAGUGUAUUUAUACAAGGCGUCGAGUUGUUAUCUUUAGGUUUAGUGGAAUGAUAGAGUUGAAACCAGU